CCAUGCAAGAAAGCAUACGUUUUGCUUCAUCAGGAGAUGACGUUAAAAUAUGGGAUUCCUCAUCUCUAACUGUGCUGGAGCAGUUCAACCCACAUACACCCUCGCAUCCAGUCAGCUCACUAUGUUGGGCCAGCAAUAAUAGAUACCUGGCCACUGCUUCUGCUGCUGGUGAUAAAAUAGUUGUUUCAAGCUGUAAAAGCAAACCUGUUCCACUCUUUGAAAUAGCGGAAGGAGGAAAACAGACAUGUGUAAGCUUGAAUUCUGGUUCUUCAUAUAUUGUGAGUGGAGGCCUUGAUAACACAGUUAAUAUCUGGGAUCUGAAAUCCAGAAGGGCUUACCGUAGCCUUAAGGAUCAUAAAGAUGAAGUCACGUGUAUUACAUACAAUUGGAAUGAUUGCUACAUUGCUUCUGGAUCUUUGAGUGGUGAAAUUAUCCUACACAGUGUUACUACCAACUUAUCAAGUACUCCCUUUGGUUAUGGCAGCCGUCAGCCUGUUCGACACUUGAAAUAUUCAUCCUUUAAGAAAUCUUUGCUGGGCAGUGUUUCUGACAGUGGAAAUGUAACUCUAUGGGAUGUAAAUAGCCAGAACCCAUAUCAUAAUUUUGAAAAUACUCAUAAAGCACCAGCUUCAGAAAUCUGCUUUUCUCCAGUCAAUAAGCUGCUGCUUGUAACUGUAGGUUUGGAUAAAAGAAUUAUUCUCUAUGACACUUCAAGUAAAAAAUUACUGACAACAAUAGUAGCUGAUUUUCCACUGACAACAGUAGACUUCAUGCCUGAUGGUACUACUUUGGCUAUAGGAUGUUCCCGGGGAAAAAUCUGCCAGUACGACUUAAGACAACUGACAUCACCAGUGAAAACAGUUACUGCUCACAAAGGCUGUGUGAAAUGCAUACGUCUUCAGUUCAGUAGCACUUUUUCCAAGUCUAACCUCACGGGUUCUUCAAAUAAACCUGUAUCCAAAAGAGUAGAAGUCAAAACUGGUAGUAAUCUUGGAGGAAUUCAAAAUAUUGGCAUGAAAAACAUUGCCUCUCAAGCAUCAGCAACAGUUUCAUCUCAUUUGGCAUUGCCAAAUGAGAAUAAGGGAGGAGAGGUUCUUCAGGAGAAAACAGGUUUUCCCCAUAGUUGCAGCUUGGAUGUGAUUCCAUUUAAAGAAACAGAUCAUGGGAAAAGUGCUGAUUUAAAUAAUUUUGAUGAUUUGGGUCGAAAUAGUUUAGGAGAUGUGUUUUCUCCAGUCAGAGAUGAUAUUAUUGCAAGUAAAGCAAAUGAAGAUCCUCAAGGAAAAGGAGAUGGUCUGGAUUUUCAGUCCUACCUUUUGGGUUUGGAUUUUCUUCCACAGCUCACCACUGCCCUUCCAGUAAAAAGAAACCCUGUUGGCAGCAGUGCACAAGCGAUACAGUCUAGCCCAUUACAUGCACUUUUGGGAUCUCCAAUUAAAGAAGAAGAAGAACAUCCAGAGACUGACACUAAGAAAAUAAAUCUUGGAAAACAAGAAUCUAAAGAAGUCUUAAAGCAGCUUUCAAAAUCAAGCUCAUCAAGUGCAGAAUCUGUAACUUUAAGUCCUCCACCAUCAUCUACUGCUGUAAAGGCUCCUGAUACAAAUGAGAGACUAGUAAAGAAUAUUCAGGCCCAUCCUGCAUAUGAUCUACCAGUUAAUGGUACUACCUCAACAAGUCCAAAUAUAACAUCACCUGUCACUGCUGGAGUUGCCAGUUCAUUGUCAGAAAAAAUAGUAGAAACCAUUGGGAGUAGCAGACCAAAUGCACCUCUGACAUCAAUCCAAAUAAACUUCAUUCAGAAUAUGAUUCAAGAAACAAUGGAUGAUUUCAGAGAAGCAUGCCACCGAGAUAUUGUGAAUUUGCAAGUGGAGAUGAUCAAGCAGUUCCACAUGCAGUUGAAUGAAAUGCACACUUUACUUGAAAGAUAUUCUGUAAAUGAAAGCUUAGUAGCUGAAAUUGAGAGACUACGAGAGGAAAACAAAAGACUGAGGACUCACUUCUGAAAAACUUACACUGCUGAUUUUAUUAGCAUGAACUC